UGGCCGGCCGCCGGAUGCAGACACACAGGGAGGCUGCUGCUUGGAGGAAGGUCCUGUGGGCCAGGCCUGGGAGCAGCUGCUGUGCACCCUCCCCCUGCAUGCCCUGUCCCAGACAAGGGGAGAAGCUUUCUGUUCACGGCCUUUCCUGCCUCUGAUUCCCGGUCCUCACUUUCCAUCUUCUCCCUCUAGGGAAAAGCAAAACACAGAAAAACAACAGAAACCAGGACGGAGCUGGGGGUGGCCGUGCAGACCUGCAGACCCAGCUCUCAGGAGGCUGAGGCAGGGUAGAGAAAACAGGCCACCCUGUUUACGUGACACCAAAAAGGAGGAAUGGGAGUCGGGGAUUGGGAGGAGGAGGAGGAGGGAGAGGAGAAGUGGGGUGAGGAGAAGAAGGCAGAAGAGGAGGAGGAAGAGGAGAAGGAAUUUGUGCAGUCACCCAGUCCUCUGCAAACUGCCAGGCCUUAGGGACUGAUCUCAAGCACAGAAUCAACUCCAGAGAGACAUUGUGCGGAGUCCUGUUCUCAGGGUCUGUACCCUCCAGCCUUCCUGUCCUUCCCCAAGCCAGGGAGAGGUGCCCCUUUCAUGGCCUGAGGGUGCCCCUUUUCUGGGUCUCAGCUUCCCUUGAUCUCCAGCUUGGCCCUGAUGCCCGCUGAGCUGGGCCCUGGCUGGCUCCCUGUACCCACCCUCCUCCCUGCAGCAGCGUCCACUGUCUCCAGUUAUUCUCCCCACCCCCACCCCACCCCCACCCUUUCUUUGCCUUCUAGAACUCCUGGAAGUCUCCAACUGGAGGUUUCUAUUAGCAGUUGGUCCUGGGCUGGCUGCCAUGACUUCUCCCUGAGCCAGGGUCUCUCUCAGGAUGGCGGCCCAGGCUCGGACCCCUCGGUCACGGCCAAGAAUCUUGGGCUGCUCCUCCGUGUUGCGCUUUCUCCGAAGCCUGGUGGGGAGUAAGGGCAGUUCUAAGGGUCCUAACACGCCCCUGACCAGGAGCCGGCCCAACCCCCCACCGGAGCAGGAUGCUGCCUCCCCAAGGGUAGACCACGGGGAAGAUCAUGGAAGAGGAGAGCCGCAGCUGCACACCGCAGCACCCAGGAUCCUCUCCGCGGCUCCCCCAAACCCACCUCUGCAGGAUGCUUUCGGCCUGGGCACCGGGGACACAGGUUCCCAGACCUCCACCUGCAAGCGUGCCCCAAAGCUCAGGUUCCACGGAACAGAGGUAACAUCAGUCCCCAGCAGAGGAGCAGAGGAGGUUCUGGGGCACCUGUCUGAGAAGAAGAAAAGACACGGGGAAGAGCCAGCAGGGGAGGCCUCUGGGGCCUCAGACAGGGAACACUGUACCCAGGCCCUGGAGGCUGCACAAGAAUGUCUGCAGUGGGUUCCCGGACCGCUGGCACUUACCCCUGGGGUCUUCGUCAAAGAGGAAGAGGACGGGCACUGCCUAAUGGAGAUCCGAGACCUCAGGCUGUCCUCUCGCAAGGUGGGGCCCAACCCGUGGAACUAUAUCCUCGGCUUGUACAAGCAGCUCCAUAAAUCAGCUCUGGGCAAGGCUCAGAGACCGGGGCUGCCUCAGUUUCCUCUCAAGGAUGGCUUGCCCCAUGAGGAGAAAGGGGAGCGAGAAGAAGCUGAGGAGGAGGAGAGCUGCGCCAAUCUGUGCGCCCCACGCCCUGCCGCCUUCCCAUCCCUGCUGCAGAAGACAUUCAGAUCCACUGACACAGUGGGUUUCGUGGAGUCAGAGCUGAAGAAGAUUCUGGCAGUGCAACGGGAGUGCCGCCUCUGGAAGGUGGGCAGCCCGGAGGGCCGGGAGCUGAUGACCCGGCCAGACAUCACGCUGGAGGAGGCAGGGAUGGUGGACGGCCAGCACCUGCUCCUGGAGGAGAUGGACGAGAUGGGGAACUGGCCCCCUCCGGAGUGAGGCCUGUGCCGGCAGGAGCCCACUUCGCCCACACCCCUGGGACCCCAGUCAGGGGCCCUGGGCUUUGGGAUGAGAAGCAUGUUGAGUGUGUGCGGUGGGCCCGCCCAGCGCUGUCCCUGCCCACCAGAUACUGCAGACGAUGUUAUUAAAAACUUAGUUUGACAUUA